GCCGUGAGGUGGACCUGGGCGGGCCGGAGCUGCGUGCUGCUGGCGCUCCUAACCGUGGCUUACGUCCUGCUGGAGAUCUCGGUGUCCGCUUUCCACGCCUCCCCCGGAGGCGGCAGUGCUCCGGGGCAGGGGUCCAGGCCCCUCGCCCACCUUCAGAAAAGGGAAGAAGAUUUGUCCCGACCUCUUUACGAGAAGCCCCCUGCAGAUUCCCAGGCACUUGGUGAGUGGGGGAGAGCGAGCAAACUCCAGCUCGGCGAGGGUGAACUGAAGCAGCGAGAGGAGCUCAUUGAGAGAUAUGCCAUCAACAUUUACCUCAGUGACAGGAUUUCCCUGCACCGCCACAUAGAGGAUAAAAGAAUGUAUGAGUGCAAAUCUAAGAAGUACAACUACCGAGGACUUCCCACCACCUCCGUCAUCAUCGCUUUCUACAACGAAGCCUGGUCGACUUUGCUCCGCACCAUUCACAGCGUUUUGGAAACGUCUCCCGCUGUCCUUUUAAAGGAGAUCAUCUUGGUGGAUGACUUGAGUGACAGAGUGUAUUUGAAGGCACAACUUGAAACUUACAUCAGCAAUCUAGAGAGAGUCCGCUUGAUCCGAACCAAUAAGCGAGAGGGCCUGGUUCGGGCCCGCCUGAUCGGAGCCACUUUCGCCACGGGCGAUGUCCUCACUUUCCUGGAUUGUCACUGUGAGUGUAACUCUGGCUGGCUGGAACCGCUUCUGGAAAGGAUAGGGAGGGAUGAAACAGCAGUCGUUUGUCCUGUUAUAGAUACUAUUGAUUGGAAUACUUUUGAGUUCUACAUGCAAACAGGGGAGCCCAUGAUCGGUGGGUUUGACUGGCGGUUAACAUUCCAAUGGCAUUCUGUCCCCAAGCACGAAAGGGACCGGCGGACGUCAAGAAUCGACCCCAUCAGGUCGCCCACCAUGGCUGGAGGGCUGUUUGCUGUCAGCAAGAAAUACUUCGAGUACCUGGGAACGUAUGACACGGGGAUGGAAGUGUGGGGAGGUGAAAACCUGGAGCUGUCCUUUAGGGUGUGGCAGUGCGGUGGUAAGUUGGAGAUCCACCCGUGCUCUCACGUGGGCCACGUGUUCCCCAAGCGGGCGCCAUAUGCCCGCCCCAAUUUCCUGCAGAACACUGCGCGUGCAGCAGAAGUGUGGAUGGAUGAGUACAAAGAGCAUUUCUACAAUCGAAACCCUCCAGCGCGUAAGGAAGCUUAUGGCGAUAUUUCUGAAAGAAAAUUACUACGGAAACAGCUGAGAUGCAAAAGCUUUGAAUGGUACUUGAAAAACGUGUUUUCUAAUUUACACGUACCAGAGGAUAGGCCAGGUUGGCACGGGGCUGUUCGCAGCUUGGGGAUCUCUUCUGAAUGUUUAGAUUACAAUUCUCCUGACAACAACCCCACCGGGGCUAACCUCUCACUGUUUGGAUGCCACGGUCAAGGAGGCAACCAAUUCUUUGAAUUUACUUCAAACAAAGAAAUACGGUUUAAUUCGGUGACUGAGUUGUGUGCAGAGGUUCCUGAGCAAAAAAAUUAUGUAGGAAUGCAAAAUUGUCCCAAAGAUGGGUCCCCUGCUCCAGUAAACAUCAUCUGGCAUUUUAAAGAAGAUGGAACCAUUUUUCAUCCACACUCAGGUCUUUGUCUCAGUGCUUAUCGGACAGCUGAGGGCCGGCCUGAUGUGCAGAUGAGAACUUGUGAGGCCCUAGAUAAAAAUCAAGUCUGGAGGUUUGAGAAAUAGAGGGACCCAAGGGCACUUUUAUCAGCUUCGGGAAAUUCAGAGCCUCACCGGAGAUGAGUUUGUCAGAAGUCACCCAACAGUGAGAACACUAGAAAGUUGAGGCUCAUUUUGGAACGUUACACUGAAGCUGGGUACACAGAAUGCUGCUGUUUAAUGUUUCAUAGUGCCUUACUUAUGGGUUGUUUCAUUUGAGAGCUUUGUCAGUGUGUCUCAUAACUCUCAAAAAAGUUGACUAUGAAUUGAGAUACACAGAACACUUAAGUGCCAGUCUUAAUAUUAAAGAAUGUAAAAGUACAAAUAAAUUAAUCUACAUUUUGAGCUAUUGCUAUUUUGAUUGUAUAGAAUUUGGAUUUCUUUUAGCUAACACCUACAAUCUUAGGUUUUGUUUAUUUUUUAAACGAAUUUUCCCUUAACUACAAAUCAGAGAAAGUUGAUCUUAAUGAGGGAAGGCUUAGUUCAGAUACAUCUAUGAAUAGAUCCAUGGUGUCAUUGGAAGAGGGUAUUACUUUGUGAGUUUGAAAAUCUUUUUAACAUACAGACAUCUCAAAAAACUAUACCCAUGACGGAAUGAAAUGGGGAGAUAAUUUACAUUCCACACUUUGUAAUCUUCAGUUGUUGGACUUAACUGAUGUAUGCAUUGAUACCUCAAACAGCUCUGAUUUUUUAAGCUGUUUUGUGAACUUGUUUAUGAGCAUAGGGCAUUUUCUGAUUGCACUUCCUUAAGUUGUGAAUGUACUAGAAAGAAAUUCAUUCAGAAUACUAUGUCUCCCUUUGUUAAUGCUUAAUCAUGUAAAGUAAACACAAUUGAGGCCUCUCUGAAGUUAAACCCAACUGUGUUUACUAAAAUGUGUGAAACAAAGUGGGCCCAGUUCUACAAAGGCUACAGCACUCUUGUGUGAGCUCACUCUUCUGUGAGCUUGUACUGAUUUGGACAUGGGGGGAUUUAUGUUGAUUACAAGGGAAAAAGACUGCCUUGGCAGUAGUACUUCCUUCUAGCUUGUUUUCAGCACCUAGCAGCGUGGCACUUCAUUGCUUUCAGUAGAUGGCUGAAUGACAGAUGCAGGACUGGCUCACCCAAGGAGUGUGACUUUGAAGUCAUUUAAUAUGCUUGGGCCUCAGUUUCCUUGUCAGUGGGUUCUGGGUCAGAUCUUGAAGGUCCCUUCUAGCUCUGAAAAGUUGGUUGCAUAUUCUCCUUUUAUUGGACUCAGUCACUGUGUAAUUUCUACACUUUUUAAUGCCUUCACUUUUAACACAGGUAAUGUUGAACAGUUGAGCAAUGCUCAGUACAUUUGUAAAGCUAGAAAAAAACAUGAUUUUAAAAUUUAAGUGAGGGCUAGGAGCAUAGCCCAGUGGUAGAGCCCUUGC